AUGGCCUUAACGUUAGCAGAGGAGGUGGAAUCAGAAGUAAGAAAAGGAUGCCAGCUUUUGACAGAUUAUGAAAAGUCCUGGAAACCUCAAGUUUUACCUGAGGGAUGUGGUGCUUCUGCUAUGCAUGAGGAAAACAGCUGCAAGCAAGAAACGGUCAACAGGUUAAAAGAAGAGAUAAAAGAGAACAGCAUUCUGGGCAGUGGUGUUGGGAGCCUCGCGGGCGCGGCACCGUUACUCACAGUCGGGCAGCGACGGCCGCACAGCGCUGAGCGCUCAUCGCGCCUUAGCAGCCGCGGCCGCUGCCCUCACACCCUCUGCGCUGGUGCAGCCACACUUGCUCCCUCUGCUCUUCCCUUGGCUCGCACCAGGACUGCUCAGCUGACCGAAGAACAGAUUGCUGAGUUCAGGGAAGCUUUCUCCCUAUUUGACAAAGAUGCUGAUGGCACCAUCACAACAAAGGAAUUUGGAACUGUCAUGAGGUCACUGGGUCAGAACCCAACAGAAGCCGAAUUGCAGGCCAUGAUCAAUGAGGUGGAUGCUGACGGAAAUGGCACUGUAGACUUCCCACAAUUUUUGACUAUGAUGGCUAGAAAAAUGAAAGAUACAGACAGUGAAGAAGAAAUUCACGAGGCAUUCCGAGUCUUUGACAAGGAUGGCAAAGGUUACAUCAGUGUGGCGGAGCUACGUCAUGUCAUGACCAAAUUAGGAGAAAAACUAACAGAUGAAGAAGUAGAUGAAAUGAUCAGAGAAGCAGAUAUUGAUGGAGAUGGACAAGUCAACUAUGAAGAAUUCGUACAGAUGAUGAUUCCAAAAUGA